AUGGCGUGUGUGAUGAAUUACCAGCAUAUCUCAGAGCCCUGGGUGCUGGAAAGCGGUGAGAGGCUGGUGCACCUGCAGAGCGAGCUGUCUUGUCUGCGGCGGAUCCACGAAGACAACAUGAAGGAGAUUGCUGAGAAAGACAUCUGCAUCACCAAACUGCAAGCUAACAUUCAGCUCCUGCAACAGGAGGGGGCUGACACGCUUGCUCAGCUCUCCAAGCUGAAUGUAAGAACAAAUGAGCUGCAGGAGGAGUUAAAGAAGAAAAGAGGUGCUAUGGAGUUGGAGGCCAGCAGGAAGCAGGUGGAACGUCAGAGGAGGGAGUUAUCAGAGCUUCACCAGAAGGAGGAGACACUUUUGUGUGAGACCAAGGCCAAAAUGGUGCAUUUGAAAGACAAGCUCCGUGAUCGUUUCAAGAGAAGGGCGGAGGAGAAAGAGGCCAGGAUUAAGCAACUAACUGACGAGCUGAAUGGAACGAGGCAAAAGGUAGAAAAUCUUCAAGCUGAGGAGGCUCAUGCGAAGCCCCUCGACCAGGAUGUGUUACGAAUAAGUGAGGGUAUGUUAAGUGAUAUCACGGAUGCCCUGAAUCAGACCACCACCAACCUGAAUGCAGACAGACAGCAGAUCUUAGGCCAGCUGCACCACGCGAGCAAAGAUGUUGAACGUCUACAGCUGGAAUUAGCUCUCGAGCGUCGCACCAGUGAAAAGGAGAUACAGAAGAGGGAGGUUAAGAUUUGUACACUGAUGAAGGAGCUGACCGAAAGUAAGGGACAACACUCAGAGUGUCAAAAAGAGUUGCUUCGAAAAGACAGGUCUUUGGAGAAGCUCCGUGAGGAGAGGGAUGAGCUGAGAGUCCUGAUGGAGGACCGAAGCAGAGAGUGCGCCCACCUCGACCGGAGCAAAGCCAAACUGGAGGCUGACUUGGCUCUGAGCCACGACAAACUCCACACCUCACACCUUGAGGUUCGAAGUAGAGAUGAGUUAAUCCUGCAGCUCAGAGCCGAAAUGAAGACAGCUGAACAGACGCAUCGAGGAACACAGAAGCAGGUGACAGCUCUGGAGGAAGAGGUAAGACACUUAAACUGCACGAUCAGAGCGCACAAGGAAGAGGCCUGUCAGUUAAGCGAAAAGGUCAGCGAUAUCGAGCACCUUAAAGAGCAGAAGGAGAAAGAACAACAGCAGCUACAAGAGCAGCUCUGUAUUAAGGAGCAACAGGCUGAUACAGUUGAAAAGAAGCUGAAGAAGGAGAAGGAAGAGGUGGAACUUCUUAAUCAGCAGCUGAAAGAAUCCAAGGAUGAGCUCAAAGAGGCCAAUUUGCACACCCAGGAGCAGAAAGAAACGGCUGCGAUUUUUAAGCAGAAAUACGCCGCAGCAAUAGAGAAGGCGCGCAGGGUGCAAGAGCAUGUGGAACGUCUGGAGGAGGAACUACGAUAUUCACAGGAACAGCUAAGAGAGUCGCAGUUAGCAGCUUCUUCGCUGAAGGAAGAGCUAGCUGAGCUGGAGUGCCGGUAUCAGGAAAAGGUUGGCCAGUGGGAGAAUUCACAGGAGGCUCUUGACCAACUAACAGAUGAACUUCAGGCCAGUCACAACCUGCUAAGAGAGAGUGAACAAAAAGUGGAACACUUCAAAAGCCUGAUGAGAUCCCUUCAGGAGCAGAUGGACACACUCAAUCAGCAGAAACUUGCUGUGGAGUGUGACCUGCAGCUCUAUCGUCUGAGCCAUUCUCAUUCUGAUGAGGAGUAUUUGAGUCUAGGAAGACUCAGACAGCAGCUGCAGAAGCGCUGUGCAGCACAGGUUGAACACCUUGCUGUGUGUGAAAACGCUAUUCUUCAGAUGAAGUCAGAGCUGGAGAGACAAGUCCAGGAGAAGGUGGGUCUGAAACAAAGUCUCGCUGCUUCCCAGCAAACUCACCGGAGGAAUCAAAAACAGCUGGAACAGGAAGUGAUUCGUUCAAAACAGGAAGUGGCAUCCUUAGAGCUUGAACUGGCGAACACCCAAAAGGUACAGGUGACACUCAUCAGGCAGUCAGAUGAGGAACUGAAGGAGGCCAGACAAGAGUCUGCAAGAAAGAGCCGAGAGGUGGAUGUGGAGAGAAGAAAGGCCCAGAUGCUUCAGGAGGCGUUACACAAGGAGCAGGAGAAGCUGCAGAGUGCUAUCAGAGAGAAUGAGACCCUGAGCACUCUCAUCGGAAAGCUGAGGAAAGAGCUGGAGGAGCUGCGCAGCAGUCACCAAGUGACAGUGGAGGAGUUGGCAGCCCAUGCAGAGGAGGUGAGGCGGAUGGAGGGGUGUCUGAAUGAAGGCAAGCUAGCAGGGGAGAAAAUAAGGUCAAUGGCUGCGGGGCUGAAGAAGGAGCUGACAGAGGCUGUCCAUCAGAAACUCACAGCAGAGAGAGAGAAACAGGAUGCACUGGACCAGGUGAUCACGCUCCGGUCAGAGCUGGAGGGGACGCGGUCCGACAAUGCAAAGCUUCUGCACGAGAGCCAGCUGGUCGUGACUAAUGUCAACCUUUGGAUCACUGAGCAAAAGGCUUCCAGUGAGAGCAUUAUUGCGCAGAUUAAAGCCCAAAACAAAGCUCUGCUCAUCAUCACUAAAGAGAAAGAAUGUCUUCAGGAGGCUAAUGACACACUGAAGGCGGAGGUAAAGAGACUGAAAGAAGUGGUGGAUGAGAAGGAGAAAGACAUGGAACUCUUCAAGGCCCAUCUCCGGGACUGGGGAGUACAGCAAGACAGGAAAACCAUGGAAAAGAAGGGCUGCGUCGCUCUAAACCUCAGCAAACUCGAGGACAUGCAGACCAGACUGCAGAGCAACCUGGAGGCCAUCGGAAUGCUAAAUCAACAAUUAGGCAAUCUCAGUCAGGAGAAUAAGCGGUUGCGUAGGCAGCUGGAAGAAGAGAGGUCCAUGCAUAGACAAGUGGAGAGGAGUGGGCCCCUUCCUCCUCCCCCUACAACCGCCAUCCACCUCCCACUCUCUCUCAGUGUCAGCCCUCCUAUCUGUGCUUCCCUUCCCUCAUCCCUGGGCCUGCCUCAUCUUCUGAGCAUAGUCCCAGUGACAGGGGACACUAAUGGGACUCAAACCAAGCCGAGUACAGUCGGAGUAGAGAGACCAGGUGAGUCCAAGGCUUCGGAUAAAGCGUCCUUGAUUAGGCCGUCUUCCAAGUGCGCUUCUCCGCCUCUGUGGAAGAUGCCGGGUCUAAGGGGACAAGCAGGAAUCCGGCAAAAUGAAGCCCCCUGAAGACUUUGACCUGCCAUGGCUUUUGACCUUCAGCUUCUCGCUGGGGAGCAUACCCAGGAUGAGGUUAAUGUCCUGCAGGUCAAAGUCAAGUCCCACAGUUCUGUACCUAAGGGGGCGCUCAGAAACAGAAAAUGAUGGAAUUUCUUCAGCCAUAUUUAUAUGGGUACUGCUGUUCCAUGCAACGAUUUAUGCCAAGAAAACGUUCACACUGACAGAUUACUUAGAUAGACUUAAAAUUAUG